CCAAAGUCCAAAAUUGAUUUUUCUUUUUCUUCUUAUUAUUGUUGGUCGUCGUCUUCCUCUUCCUCUCUCUCUCUUCUUUCUUCUUUAUAGACAGGAAAGCAGGAGGAAAUCAACAAGUCGUCAUCGUCGUCGUCGUCGGGAGGGUUUUUGUAGCGUUGUGGGGGCGGCUGUGGGUAGCGACCAAAAUCCCAAGAUUUUGCCUGCGCCAACUUGUGAAUAAUUGAUAUAUCCGGCCGCCACUCAGAUUCCUCCGCCCGCUGCAGAAUUUGUUUUGCGCAAUUAAUACCAUCGUCGUCCUCCUCCUCCUCCGGUGAAUCAAUUAGGAAAUCGAGGGGGACGCCGUUGAAUCGAAGAGAAACUCAAUUCCCGGCGAGGCCGGCGCCGCCGAUAUACUUACUCCGGCUAGCUCCAUUAUUUCCUCGCUAGUUCCAUCGCCCGGCCCCAAUUCUUAGGAGAUUGAUUUGCAUUGUGUAGACAGAGAUGGCGGUAUUGGAUUUGUUCAUAGCGUCGUCCAUUCCGGUCAUCAAGGUUCUCGUCAUCACUGCUCUAGGCACCUUCCUCGCCCUCGAGAAAGUCGAUGUCCUGGGCGCCGAAGCAAGAAAACACGUCAACAAUGUGGUGUUCUAUGUGUUCAACCCGGCGCUCAUGGUGGCGAGCCUGUCCCAGACCAUAACGUUCCAGCAGAUGGUGAAGCUCUGGUUCAUGCCGGUCAACGUGCUCAUCACAUUCGUGGUGGGUUCGGUGCUGGGAUGGAUGGUGAUACAGCUCGCCCGACCGCCCAAACAGCUGAAGGGGCUCAUCGUUGGGUGCACCGCGGCGGGGAACUUGGGCAACAUGUUCAUGGUCAUGAUCCCCGCCAUUUGUAAGGAGAAAGCCAGCCCCUUUGGCUCCCCUGAAGUCUGCCAGUCCUACGGAUUGGCCUACUCCUCUGUCUCCAUGGCUCUGGGAGCAGUGUAUCUAUGGACUUAUGUGUACAGUAUUAUGAGGGCGUCGAACCCAGUACAAGUAGCAGGAGGAGGAGGAGCAGGGGGUGGUCAUGACCCAGAGAAGCUUACAGUCAGUAUCACCACUACAACUACAACUGGAACUGUUGGAAGCUCGCUCGAGCACCCGCUUCUUCUACAUUCAUCGACCUCGAACCUUGAUAAGAUGAAUGCAGCAGGUGAUGAGAACAGCAGUAGCUUCCUUCAGAGGGUAAAGCAAGUGCUGGCCAGAGCGCUAGGAAGUGUCAACUGGAAGACCAUCUUUGCACCUUCCACCAUUGGUGUGAUUAUCGGAUUUGCGAUUGGUUUGACCACACCAAUAAAGAAUCUGCUGGUGGGAGACCAAGCACCUCUUCGUGUUAUUCAAGACUCCGGUGUCCUAUUAGGACAGGCAGCCAUCCCAACUCUGACUCUGCUUGUCGGAGCUAAUCUACUCAGAGGGUUGAAAGGGUCGAGCGUGAAGACGACGGUGAUCAUAGGGAUCGUACUGGCUAGGUACGUUGCGCUUCCUCUGGUCGGUAUCGUGGUGGUGAAAGGGGCGCUGCGUCUGGGUUUCAUCCCGGCAGACGAUCCACUCUAUCAGUUCAUUCUCCUGCUUCAGUUCACUGUUCCUCCUGCUAUGAACAUCGGCAUCAUCACCCAGUUGUUUGGAGAAGGGGAGUCGGAGUGUUCUGUCAUCAUGCUCUGGACUUAUGCCUUGGCUUCUGUCUCCCUCACUCUUUGGUCCACCUGCUUCAUGUGGCUCGUCAGCUCUUCUUGAUCGUGAUGACGAUGACGAUGAUAAUAGUAAUGUAGCUAAAAAAACAAAAUUGUACCGUAUCAUACCAUAUAUUUUUUUACGCCAUCCCCUUCACUGAGUAGGACCAGAGGAAGAAACCGGAGAAAAACGAAAGCAAGAUAAGGGGAUAGAUACAUAUUAGACUUCCAUUACUUCAAUUCUUCAAUCAUUAUUAUGUUGUAUGUAUAGAGUUAUAGAUUCAUAUGUUAGUGAACUAUAUAGUACAAGCAUUGUCCCAAUUAUUAAAUUAUUAAUACGUCUAUCAUCUCUAUUUUGCCUUCUAGACACUCACCCUAAUUACCAUUUCUAGUAUGCAGAAUCUGAAUGCUAAGAUAAA